CUAACGUAACACGGUGAACUCAAAUAGUUCAAUAUCGCGUAGUGUGGUUUAGUGCUGUAAAUAUCACAGUCGGCAGCGGCAAUACUGUGUUGUGGGAAAGCAGUGAGGGCGGCUUGGUUCUACGUGUUAACAAGGCAUGUUGAGGUUGUCCGACUGAAGAAGGCAUCCAUUUCGAUAUAAGCGGCUAGUAUGCCGGGCUCCAAGAACCCUCCCCCAAUGGGGGCGAAGCGGAAGACAUCGACAGAGAAGAAGACUGACACUCCGAGGAAGACUGACAGUGAGAAGAGGAACCCGGACGUCAAAACGGCUGAGGGUGCGCAAAAAGGCGGGAAAGCUGCCCCUAGUGUCAGGAAAGGGGAUGGAGAGAAGCCACCUAGGGAUGUAGUGGAAAGAAAUACAACCAAGCUGUUCCAGGCCAUAAAACGUGCACAGACGCAUAACAUGGAGGAGUUCAUCAGACUUGGGGCCAAUGUCAACGGGAGGGAUGAGGAAGGAAGGACUCCUAUAAUUCUGGCUGCAGAACUCCGAAACAACACGGUGCAGACGUUGCUGUGUGCCAAACACGUCGUUGACGUCAAUGCGUCAAACAAGCUUAAGAGAACUGCCCUGCAUUACGAAUCCGCCCAUGGUGACACGGACAGUGUUAAACAACUUUUGGCUCACGGAACAAGCUUAGACACCAGAGAUGUGGAAGGGAGAACGCCCUUGCAUUUUGCUGUCAACGGAAACCAUUUUGCAACAGCAGACAUUCUGGUGUUUUGCGGAGCGGACGGUACCUUGAAGGAUAAGGACCGUGUCUCUCCGGAGUCAAUCAGCAGGACGUCAAUGAUGAGUGAACUCAUGAAGAGAUCAAGGGAAAUAACUGCAGGCAUAAAACAUGAGUACAUCACCAUCGAACGCAAAGCCUUGACGGGUAACCGUUUCGUGGAACUUGAAAACAUUGGUCUCAAAGUGCAAACUCCUGAGAUGUUUUCCAAAUCACCUGUCUGCUUUCUAUGCAGAAGAGUUCGGCCUGAGUACAGCCUCACCUGUCUGGGGCCCAUAAACUCAGAGCUUCUCAUCAGUGACACAUUUGAAUUCCGGAUAUCCGGGUCACAGUUCAAGGGCAAGGUCAAAGUUUACAUCCCGAUGUAUGACAAACCGGAGCCAUACGAAGAAGUACAUAUCAAAACGAACAUUACACAUACUCUGCGAGAAGACAGUGUGGAGCUUACUGACUACGAGCGUCUCGAGAAUUCGAACCAGUGGAUUUGCAGCCUAGACAUUGACCUGAAGGAGAUCAAGGCCUUUGUGCUGGUGACCCGGCCCAGAGUGGAAUACUUCAACGUAGGGUCCAGGGGAGGACAGUUUGCUUCGGAAGUUGACGACUUCAUCAAAUUUGAUAUUCCUUCCAAAUCCUUCUCAGACAAAGGGAGAUUAUCACUGGAGCUUAUCCCAAGACCUGCCUAUGACAACGAUGACCUGGGGGUGGAGACUAUUGAGGUCGACUCUGUGUCCAACUUCUACGACGUUAAUCACACACGCAAGGAACAGCCUCAGAAUGACGUCACGGUCACGUUACCACUACCACGUGACUACACGGGAGACCGCGGCGACCUUUAUGUGCUCAACAGACGAGACAAAGAAGAAGACGAGUCAGAACUGUCACUGUGGGAAAUUAUCUGCGUUAAUCCUAAAGUGACCCAGGGGAAGAUUACGUUCAAGGCUACGCAUUUUUGUAGCUAUGGAAUGGUUUCAACAAGAGAACCGAGAUGCGACACAGAGGUAAGCGAUCACCAGAAAACAUCAGCACCGGUACCAGAUUCCCAAAACGAUAUUAUUCAUACAAGCCCCCGAACACAAAACGAACCAGAAGAUAAGCCUGAAGCCACCAGUAGCGGAGGUGAAAAACAGUCAGACACCACUGAGAUACAGACCGAGAGUGGAAUACCUAAAGAAGAUGUCCCAAAUGAUCCACCGACUAAAUGCCAGGAUACAUCAAAACAGGACACAUCAUCAGCCAUGGGUGACAUAUCCCAGAGCAAUGAGCGAGAGGAAAAAGACGAUUGUUUAGUUGAUGCAUUGAAAGAUGAAGAAAACAUGGAGAAAGAUUAUGACACUCCAACUGAACGCAACAACUUGGAGGAAGUUGUUCAAACAUCUGUGGAUGUUCUUUCUAAGGAGGCGUCGAGCACCGGGACGCCACAGAUCAAGACGGAUGCUAAUGAACAAGAGCAAGAUGUGGGUGGCAUCAAUAGGCAAAUGUCUGAUUUAGAUAGAAACGAUGCAGAUAUGAAAGAACCGUCAAGAUCUGAAGAUACAGGAUUGACUGGGCCUACAGAGAAUGAUAAUGAUAACAAAAGCAUUAAGUCAGUGGCUAUUGAAGAGAAACAAAAAGAGACUGAUGAUAGAGACAGCCAUGUGCGAUCUAAAGCUGCUUCAGACCAGGAAGAGAAAACUCCUGUGGAAACAACCCACGCUGAGGGGUCUGUUGGAAAAGCUGCUUCAGGCGAUGAAGAGAAAACUCCUGUGGAAACAACCCACGCUGAGGGGUCUGUUGGAAAAGCUGCUUCAGGCGAUGAAGAGAAAACUCCUGUGGCAACAACCCACGCUGAGGGGUCUAUUGGAAAAGCUGCUUCAGGCGAUGAAGAGAAAACUCCUGUGGAAACAACCCACGCUGAGGGGUCUGUUGGAAAAGCUGCUUCAGGCGAAGAAGAGAAAAUUCCCGUAGAAACAACUCAGGCUGAGGGGUCUGUUGGAAAAGCUGCUUCAGGCGAAGAAGAGAAAAUUCCCGUAGAAACAACUCAGGGUGAGGGGUCUGUUGGAAAAGCUGCUUCAGGCGAAGAAGAGAAAAUUCCCGUAGAAACAACUCAGGCUGAGGGGUCUGUUGGAAAAGCUGCUUCAGACGAAGAGGAGAUAAUUCCCGUGGAAACAACCCAUGCUGGGGGGUCUGUUGGAAAAGCUGCUUCAGGCGAAGAAGAGAAAAUUCCCGUAGAAACAACUCAGGCUGAGGGGUCUGUUGGAAAAGCUGCUUCAGGCGAGGAAGAGAAAACUCCUGUGGAAACAACCCACGCUGAGGAGUCUGUUGGAAAAGCUGCUUCAGAUGAGGAAGAGAAAACUCCUUUGGAAACAACCCACCUUGAAAAGUUAGUUGGAAAGGAGGAAGUAUUAAAUGACACCGACAGUCACCAUUCAAAGACAGGAAGCACAACAUCACUACACAAAGAAAGGUCAGGUUUUCAAGAGAAGCAGGUAGGAAAGCCAGAAUAUUCUGGUGAAAGUAAACCAGUCGAUUCCCGGAGCGAAAGUAUGGGCAGUGUUAGAUCUGGAAAAGAAAAACAGAUUGAGUCGUCAAACAAAAAUAUAACUUCCAAAAACCACGCAAGUCAGUCUUCAUUAAAAGGCAGCCAGAUGUCCUUAGCUGGAAGUGACAAAUCUGUUGACAGUGUGAAGUCGAAACUGUCCAUACAAUCACAGAGAACAAUGUCUAGAAAAGAACAACAUAUAUUACCUAGAAGCAGUCAAGAUCAUGUGUCAAAAACCUCAUCCGGGCGCAGUUCCGUUCAAGGCAGUAGACACAAAGUUAAAGAAAGUAAAAAACAACAGAAACAUAGACGGAUACAGGAGACAGAGGUUAAGAAGGCAGCGGCGGUAUUGUAUGAUAAGGCGAAGAAAAGGAAAUGCAAAGUCUCUUUUGUGGUCAUGCUGAGAACAAAUGAAACGGACAGCUAUGAAACUCUUGUUGAAUGUUCAGUGAAGGAUCCUGAUAAACGUGUCACAUUCUGGAAAAUGGAAGGUUUUGAUGACCAGAAGCCGAGUUACCCACCAGGAAGUAAUGAGUAUAACAUUAUCCCAAAGACUCUAUUCACUUUUCCUAUCUCAGGAGCAGCAGAAUGUUUGACGAAACCCAAAUUGGAAUUUCACCCAAAAAGAAAAGAUGAGAAUGUUCUGAAAUUCUCAAUACAUAGAGUUAAUCCUGACAACAGCCAAGCCUUCGUGAGGAUUAAGAAGAUGAAGGAUAAGCGUACUGACAAUGCCCAGGAAGAAUCGUUUGGACAUGUUACUCUUUACCUAGAUGGGUAUGAAGGCAAGAAAAAGAAGACUCUGAAAGAUGCCAAGCGCGAUAGCAAUUUCAAGGGUUUCACCAGUGAUAACUUCCUGGAGAAAAUAGCUAAACAACUUACUAGUGAAUGGUACAAGCUCGGAAUUCACCUCGGCUUGGCGAAGAGUAUCAUAGAUAACUCGGACGAGGUCAAGGGAGACAAGAAGCUGAUGAUGUUGAUAUUGUGGCGAGACAACUGCAGAUACAGACGAGACAUGGGCGUCAGGAAUCUCACCAUGGCACUGAGAAGGGUUGGAAGAAAUGACAUUGAGGAACUCGUCAUGCAAGAGCUGAAAACAUGGAUGGAAACAAACAAGACCAGAGAUGACAGUUUCUGCACCUGGCUGAGAGCAGCAUUGAACAAGGACUGGAUAAUCCCUAAAGGUGACCUGGAGCCGUUGUCCCUUGCCUUCAUGAUGAGUCUGGUAGAACAAGUCGGCAUGGAAAUAGCCCUUGUCCAUCUUCUCGAUCUUCCGACACCUCAGAUCAACAAUAUUGAAGAGGACAAACGUUUUUUCCCAACCCCAGAACGCAAAAUGCUAGAGAUGUUACUGCAAGCCAAGACGAGGUACCAGUUAGAUAUAGCGUUCUUCAAGGACCUGGACAAGCGCCUUGAGGAGCUUGGACUCACUGAGGCACAGGUGUGGUGCAGAAAUACUACAGCCGAAUGGUGCUGGGAGAAUGGAGACAACGGAGGCUCUGCGUUUGUGGAACAGCUGAAGAGUUACUUGGACGAGGUGGGCCAUCAGUAUCCCCCUGUAGAGGAUCCAGUCGACGUAGUGGCUGAUGCUGCUGCCACAGGUGCGUCAUCAGAAGCUGAGGAGCAAGAGGCACAGUGAUGGAUGAUAAGGCCACCGAAGAACUGUCUGCUAGAUCUAUGAUCUAUAUGUCCAGGGAUAUUCCGCGGUCCUCACUGCACUCAAGAUCUGGACUCUCCUAUCGUUUAAAUACUGUCCAGUGCUGCGUUAAAACAUGAUGCUCGUCCAUUCGUUCUACUUCUACUGUCCAUAGAUCUACAUGUAUAACACCUUAUAGGAGCAGUGCUGUCUUAGUCACCUGAAUCACUACAAGUCGCUGUCCAGAGUUACCUCCCCUAGACGUACAGAAACCUAUGAUCUGGCUUUCGAGCCAAAGUGGUCGGCAUCUAAGACCUUCAUUACUUCGGUUUUUCAUCCCACCUGGCGCCGAUAUACAGGCUUCGGUAAAAACGUCCUCGGUAAUAAGGUCCAAAAUUUGUCUAGGUAAAAAAAGAUCCUCAGGAAAAAAGUCCCCUUUUCUUUUCUAACAAGAAAUGUAUAAAAAAACAAUGCAUUUAUAGCUUUUAGUUUUUCAUUGUCACCCAUACAUACACUAAAUGUUAUAUGAAUAACAAUAUAAACACAAGCCAGUCCACGUUAUUAAUCUUCUUAAUUAAUAUUCCUGUUAACAUAAAUUAUUAUUAUUCAGUGUUUUCACACUGAGA